AUUCAAUUCAGUCUUUAUUCACUUCAACUUUUCCCUGUUUCUUUCUUGCAAUAUAAUUCUUUCUUCACUUCAAAUUUGUGCUUUGCACCAACUCACAAUCAGGCUUACACAAUCUUCCCGACUGCGCAAACAUCUCCAAGCCUCUUUUAUUUCUGAGUCCCUCGGCUGGAUCGCAGCUAGACUCUCCUCACGAACCAAACCCACUUUUCUAGUCUGAGGGAGCCUUUUCCUCACGAUGUCUCUCUGUUUCAAUCGCCUCCAAGAGGAGAGGAAACAGUGGCGACGCGACCACCCGUUCGGCUUCUUCGCAAAGCCCGUCCGAGGUACCAAUGGUGUUCUGGACCUUAAGAACUGGGAAGUGGGAAUACCAGGAAAGGAAAAGACCAUCUGGGAAGGCGGCCUGUUCAAGUUAACACUCUCCUUUCCGGACGAAUACCCUACGAAACCACCCAAAUGCAAAUUCGUCCCCCCUCUUUUCCACCCCAACGUCUAUCCGUCCGGCACCGUCUGCCUUUCGAUCCUGAACGAGGAAGAAGGAUGGAAGCCGGCAAUCACCAUCAAGCAGAUUCUUAUUGGCAUCCAAGAUUUGCUCAACGACCCAAACCCUGAAUCGCCGGCUCAGGCUGAUGCAUACAACCUAUUCAAGAAAGACAGAGCAGCAUAUGAGCGGAAAAUCAAAAGCAUCGUCAAAGAAAAUCCCGCACUGUGAGAGCAUUGGACAGCGUGCUAUGGGCGAUGAUACUAAUGGGAUGAUUCAAUGAACAAUGUCUGCAUGGAUUUCAGCGAGGCGUCACGGUACAAUUCAGUGGGAAGGGACUUUUUAGGAGAUUACGGCAUAGAGAAUUCACUAGGUGCAUGUCGCAGAGGCGCGAACGAAGAUUUUGGGCAGUCAGGAGGAGUCAUUCGCGACUUCAAAUCCAGCAUGAUGCAUUCCACGUGUUGCUGAUCGAGAGGGACAAAGUUUACAAGGAUCUGCCGCUUGUUGAGACCUAAUAGGAUGGAGAGGCUCACAAAGCCUUUGACGAUUUCCCAGGGGCUCGCAACACUCCCCAAAGGGUGAAAGCGUGGGGGGCUCUAUCAACUUGCUCUGCACAGAAACGAGCCCGGGGUCGGAAAUCUGCAGGGAAGACAUGGUAGUUCUUAUUGGCUUAGCCUGGCUAAACCGCUGCCCAAGAGCCUGCAGCAGGGGAAGACAUGUAAUAUUUUGCGCCAGUAAGCGUCGACCUAUACGUGAUAGCAAGUACAAGAGUCGCGUGUCCAAAAUAUUGGUGUAGACAUUUCGGGAAUAUGGCAUAUUGGCCCAGACAAAAGAAGAUAGUAAUAUUCAACCGCAGGGGCGAAGAAAAAAGGCCGUUACUCACUGGCACAUGAGCCAAUUUGCUCGUAAUGAUAUGAGGUGAUUCGAGUGAGGGGCGGCCAUCGGCGUCUCAUGCUCCACCGUUGGUCAUUUUCUUAUCGUUUCCAGCUAAUAAGGUGGGAUAGAUAUCGAUUGCAAGGGAAGAGUGUCGAGGUGAGGCGAGUUUCAACACCACGAGACCAGGAAUGGGACAAGGUGACCGAAGUGGAAGUCCGUAGAGAAUCCGAUGGACCUUUACAGAGUGAGAGUAACAGAAUUAAUUUUUGAUUUUGCCUUCUGGUACAAAAAGCCAGAGCCAGAGUCGCAG